GCAUUUGAUUGGUCGAGGUAAACCCUACUCCACUUCACAACCAGAAGGGGCAAGACAGCCCACUAACUAUUCGCAAAAAGCCCUGUGCAAGUCGAAUUUCCCCCCCAUCUGUAAAGUUGAGCGAACAUCGCCACCAGAUCGUGCCUCAACCUUUCCGACAAUUGAAACAGCGACGGUUAUCAUCGACAAAUAAUCGAUCUCAUCGCCAAAUCAUAACCAUGGCUGUCCCCGGCACUCAGAUCUCCAAGCGGAGAAAGUUCGUCGCCGACGGUGUUUUCUAUGCCGAGUUGAACGAGUUCUUCCAGCGUGAGCUGGCCGAGGAGGGUUACUCCGGCGUCGAGGUCCGCGUCACCCCGACCGUUACCGACAUCAUCAUUCGCGCCACACACACCCAGGAGGUUCUGGGCGAGCAGGGUCGCCGCAUCCGCGAGCUCACCAGCCUCAUCCAGAAGCGGUUCAAGUUCCCCGAGAACUCGGUCUCGCUCUAUGCCGCCAAGGUCCAGAACCGCGGUCUUUCCGCCGUCGCCCAGUGCGAGUCUCUCCGGUACAAGCUCCUCAACGGUCUCGCCGUCCGCCGUGCUUGCUACGGUGUGCUCCGUUUCAUCAUGGAGAGCGGUGCCAAGGGUUGCGAGGUCGUUGUUUCCGGCAAGCUGCGCGCCGCCCGCGCCAAGAGCAUGAAGUUCACCGACGGCUUCAUGAUCCACUCCGGCCAGCCGGCCAAGGACUUCAUCGACAGCGCCACCCGUCACGUCCUGCUCCGUCAGGGUGUGCUCGGUAUUAAGGUCAAGAUCAUGCGGGGCAGCGACCCCGAGGGCAAGGCCGGCCCGCAAAAGUCGCUCCCUGACGCCGUCACCAUCAUCGAGCCCAAGGACGAAGCCCCGGUUGUUCAGCCCAUGAGCCAGGACUACGGCGCUAAGGCUGCCGCUGCCCAGGCUGCUGCCGAGGCUGCCCGCCAGGAGGAGCAGGCCGGUGAGGAGGAGCCCGCCCCCGCCGAGCAAUAGGAGAGCAACGGCGGUGGUGAUGUGGCUUCUGCUCCCGGCCAGGGAGGCGACACCGACUUGGUGAAUCCUAGCGUUCUUGACUUCGGCGCCGCCGAUAAUAGCGUCGACGAUACUGACCACGAUGCUGGCUUCGGGCACGCCAUGGUCGAUUCUAGCGGCUGGUAAUCACAAGAGAAGGCACGUCCCGUGGCCGGGAGGUUUUUUUCGGGCGCGCCACACGCUCGAUAGUACGGUUGCGGAUGGAUGGGUCACUCGGCGUCAACAUUGAGCAUAUUGCAUUGAUUCUGAAACGGGGAAAAGGACGGAAUGAUGCUUGGGGAGGGGGUUUGUUGGUCUUCAAGCAAACCCGCCCCGGGCAGUAAACGCGAGACCGGACGAUUCUGCACUGGUACGAGGAAUAAACCUCUGAACAUA